UCUCGUUAGCGGAAGCAAAGCUGUUAGCUUCAGGAAACCCGCUGGUGGAAAAAGCUUUUCUUUCUGUAAUCAAACCAUCACAGCACGGAGUCUACCACACUCUGGAGCCCCAACAAACUGCAGCCAAUGGACCCUCGGAGUAUAAUAGUGAAUCUGAGGGUGGUCCGUCGAUAGCACGUCUGGCUGCCGAGGCACCGGGCCGGAACCAGAACCAGGCCCGGACCGACGGACAGACAUAACCAGCACUGCGUUUCGCGACGCCGGCGGGCUGGUGUGUGUUCGUGUGUCGGAAUUGGCAUGCUGUCUGUAGGGGAAGUGUAACGUGUAUCACCGUGACUUGCUGUCUGUAGAUAGGCAGCAAGUCCCCGCUGCCGGUGGUCGAUGUAGAGGCUUGAGGCUCGAGCAUGGGACAGCAAGCUAGCUUUACUGCUAGCUAACACCGGAGUCAACGGUCAUCAACUUCUACCCGCUAAGUAUGAGCGGUAGACUUGGGUUUAGUGAGUGAAGAGGGGUUAUUUUACAUCGUGUAACAUUUGUCAGUUGAUUGCUCUUUUAGAAGCCUGAUAAAUGUUUCUGGAGCGAGUACAGCAGUAUAGCUAAGUCGUUAGCUGCUAAGUUAGCCUGCCUCCACCGCCCCAAUGAAAGAGUACAAAGUUGUCGUGCUGGGCAGCGGCGGCGUCGGCAAGUCCGCGCUGACCGUCCAGUUUGUCACCGGCACCUUCAUCGAGAAAUACGACCCUACCAUCGAGGACUUCUACCGCAAAGAGAUCGAGGUGGACUCGUCGCCCUCCGUGCUGGAGAUCCUGGACACGGCGGGGACGGAGCAGUUCGCCUCCAUGAGGGAUCUGUACAUAAAGAACGGGCAGGGGUUCAUCCUGGUCUACAGCCUGGUCAACCAGCAGUCAUUUCAGGACAUCAGACCGAUGCGAGACCAAAUAGUGCGAGUGAAGCGCUUUGAGAAGGUGCCGUUGAUCCUGGUUGGGAACAAAGUCGACCUGGAGUCUGAACGUGAGGUUGCCGGGUCGGACGGACGAGCUCUGGCUCAAGAGUGGGGCUGCCCUUUUAUUGAAACUUCUGCUAAGAGCAAGACCAUGGUGGACGAGCUGUUUGCAGAGAUCGUCCGACAGAUGAAUUAUUCCACGCUGCCGGAGAAGCAGGAACAGUGCUGCACCGCCUGCGUGGUACAGUGAGGAAGAGAUGUGCCGUUUGUCUGGAUCACCACAAGCAUUUUGAUGGACCUUGAGACAACCUGACUUUGACCCUAUUGACAAAAACUUACCACUGCUGGUAAAGUUUCUGUUCACGGUGGUUUCUGACUGUCGAUCACAGAGCAUCUGACAGGAAAGACGUCAGUCCUAUUUUUGAUAUCAUAACUGUUAGAAGACGUUUCUGCUGCAACCUUAACGGCCUUUGCAAUGACCCAGAAUGGAGUCAGACAGACAGACUUGGCCACCUGUGAAAAUUUCUUUUUCUUUUUUUUCCCUUUUUAGUCAGAGGUAUACCAGAAAUAAUAAGCAGGAGUGUUUGUGAGGUUGCAGCUUCUUUCUAAAGCUGCUUUAAUCACUAUUAUAUACUUUAUUAUUACUUGUAUUAUGUCUGAAGUUUGGAAUUUGACAAAGUAUUUCAUAAUAUUGAAACAUUUUGACUUUUAAGCGUGCAUACUUCGACCAGUUUGCUGCCCAGGUGUACUGCUUGCUUUAUACUGAAAAUCUUGUCAACUGACACAAACCACAGCAGUAUGUAUUAUGAGUUUCUUAACUUCAGGAAACUCAGACAGGAUGUACGACUUUGUGUAUUAAACGGUCACUUUAUCCAGCACUCUGCUCCACUGCCCUGUGGUUCUAAAAUUGACCAUUUUUCUUAUUGCAGUAGCCUGAAGUAGCUAAACUCCUCUGAAAACAUGGAUGCUCAAAAUUGAAAAUGUUCCUACUAAAUCAACUUGAAGUGAUAAGAACGAGCCAUUUUACUGUUUUUAGCCUGAAUUCUGUCAGUCUCUCUACGAGGCACGAACCGCGUGGACGCAGGUCUUCCAUUUUCAGUUUUCCCGAGGAGUCUCUGUAGGAGAAUGAUUUUGGAACGACCAAAGGAAGCUCACAUUGCAUAUUUGUGUUUGACUACAUGAUGUGUGUUGCUUUAAAUCUGGGAGACGCUGAUUUCUUGUCAUUAAAUAACUCCCGCUGCAAUGUGGUUUGAUAAAAGUUCUGGCACACUUAAUCAGAUUUAACUUUGUAAUGUUCUUUUUCUUAUAGUAACCUAUUUAUUAAAAACUAAUGACAUGGGUAGCCAGUUUUAAACUUUUAAUUUUAUACUAGUUCUUGCUUUUUGUGACUUUUCACAAUUCAUGGUAUAUUUGUUUUUUGUUUGUUUUUUUUGCUUUUUCUGAAGCUGAGAAUUUAACAGAGCCUUAAAUAAUUUCUGUUGCACCCUGGUCUCAUGUUUCUUUUUUUGUUUCCUCACAGAUAAACAGCUUUCAUCAUUUGGUAAUAAACAUUCUGGCCUUUCUGCUUUUGUCAUGGGACAAAGUUAGAGUAUUAUCUUUGAUUGAUGCGCAACCAGUUCUGUGUUACUGAUGCAAGUUUUCCUCCUGUCGACCUCGAAACCAGCAACAAAAAGACCCAAGUUCAGUUUUUGCCUUUUUUCAUCUCCCCCUCAAAGUUGCCUCAUGCUCGGGGGAAACCAUGAAAGACAUUUUUAAUCAUUUUCAGGCACUUCGAACAAAUCGAUUAUUUGGGGAAGUAAUUGGCAGAUAAAUCGUUGUUGACGAUAAUCAUUAGUUGCAGCUGUAUCUACAUGGCCAUGCUGCUAUGACAGAUGUAAAUCCUUGUGUUAAAUUAAAGGAUAGGUUCACAUUUUUUCAGUUGUCUGAAAACACUUGCUUCCCCUGCUUAUUUUUCCCAAAAAGUCUGUCAGGAGAAAAGGCAGAACUCCAGAAUCACGUUUUGAUGUUUUGGGCGAAUUUUACUUGCAAUUAAUGAGCCAAUAUAAAAAUCUAGAUGUGGCUGUUAUCGGAGGCAGAGCAUCUAAGUAAAGUUUAGUGCAGGAGAAAUGCACCUGUUUCCUCUUAAGAGCUCAAUACUCAUGUGCCCAUUUGUAUAUUGUAUAUAUGUAUAUUUUUGGUUGGUGUGAGUGUUAGUCCUGUCUGUACUGUCUGCAAAGAAAUCCCUUCUUACCAAGAUUCAAUUGUAAGUGAUGGGAUAUGAAGUUUUUAGCAGAAAAAAAGAGAAUUUUGUCCAAAAAACGCAGUAACUGAAAGAUGCUCAGUUCAUACGGUGAGCUCUGACUUCUUAAGCCUCAAGUUCAUUUCAACAAAACUUAAGGUUGAUUUAAAAAAAAAAAAAAAAAAACUGUUGAUUUCAACUCCCAUUAAUAUCAUGAUAUGAA